CCGGGACGGAUCGGGUAGCGAUAGAGCCUAAUGUUACGUAUUUUGAAAUUUGUGUGAUUUAUGAAAUCACACUCGGUUGUGGAAUAAGAUUUUCGGAAGGUAAAAGCAGAUUUUAUUUGGCUUCAUAGAAUUCCUCGUCCAGGUUCCUAUAAGAAUCCAGCUGAUUAUCUUACUUGACAAAAGACGGAUACCAUGAAGAGAAAAUGUUUGGAAGAAGGUUCAACAGAGGCAUCUAAAGUUCUUAUUAAUCAAGAGCUGAUAAUCUCAAGGAUUCUAAACGAAUGCAUCAUAUAACGACUCAUUGUUAAAAAAUGCCAAGUUUUCAGCAACUAAACCAAUAAACUAAAAAAGGACAUUCAUGAAGUCUAACGGAGAAACGUUUUCCUGCAGCUCCAAGAGACUUGAUUAUUAACCUUGCACUUUAUAUGAACAUGUUCCUGUUAGGCAUCAUUUUAUCCAUUGCUGCUUUAUUUGCUCUCAACUUUGAGGUGUGCUUCAGUACCUGUGCUCGUGCAGAAUAUCAGAUAGAGGGAGAAUGCUGCCCCAUGUGUGCUCCUGGAAACCAUGUUUAUUGGCAUUGCACAGAAGAUACUAGUACAACUUGUGUACCAUGUCCUGAAUCAACAUAUACUGAUGAACCCAAUGGCCUUUUGAAAUGCCUUUCCUGCUCUGUGUGUGAUACAGCAAAAGGAAUAAGAGUAAGGAAGGGCUGCACAAGCACUGCCGAUGUCAUUUGUGAACCGCAAGAAGGAUUUUACUGCAUUUACCGAAAUAAACACAUCUGUACAUUAGCUGUGAAGCACUCAAAAUGCAGCCCUGGACAAUAUAUUAAGCAAACUGGAACAGCAUUUACUGACACUUUAUGUGCAAACUGCACUAACGGCACUUACUCCAACGGCACUUUAUCGGCCUGCCAACCACAUACAAAAUGUGAUAUCAAGGGGCUUACAGAAAUAGAAGCAGGAACAACAUCCACUGAUGCUGAAUGUGGGAAAUCUUAUACUGUUGGUCUCACAGUUGGAGUUGCAGUUGGUGUUCCUUUGAUGGCUGUUUUGGUUUUGUUUAUAUGUUGGAAAUCAAAACGUAAAAAGCUGUAUUUUGACCAACGUGUACAAAAUGCCCCACAAUAUGAACAGAAUAUGACCUAGAACCAUAGUUUACAAAGUUGAUCAGAGUAUCUAGGAACAUUUAAUUAGUAAUUCAUCAAUUCCUGUUUCCCUGGGGUAUAAACAUGACCAGACACAGAGGCCAUUUCUCUUAUCCACUCUUCAACAUGGGAAAGACAAAGGAACACCAUUCAAGUAAGGCAGAUGUUUGUCGACCUUCACAAGUCAGGCAAUGGCUACAAGAAAAUAGCCACUCGCCUGCACCUGCCCAUAUCUACUGUCAGAGGAAUAGUUAAGAAGUUUAAAACAACUGGAACAGUGGUAAACAAGCCUGGACAUGGAUGCAAGUUUAUUUUGCCUCCACGCACAGCGAGGAGGAUGGUAAGAGAAAUAAAAAGUUCUGCAAAGCUCACUGUGAAAGAAUAGCAACAAAUGGUAGCAUCUUGGGGUCACAAAGUCUCCAAAACAACCAUCAGGCGCUAUCUACAUGCCAACAAGCUGUUUGGGAGGCAUGCACGGAAAAAAACUUUUCUCACUCACAAUCAUAAACGCAAACGUCUAGAGUUCGCUAAGUGGUACUGGGGCUUCAACUGGGACCGUGUGCUUUGGUCAGAUGAGACCAAGAUAGAGUUUUUUGGCAACAAUUACUCUAAGUGGGUCUGGCGGAACACAAAAGAUGAGAAUGCAGAAAAGCACCUCAUGCCCACUGUGAAGUAUGGGGGAGGAUCGGUGAUGCUGUGGCCUGUUUCUCUUCCAGAGGCCCUGGGAACCUUGUAAGGGUGCAUGGCAUCAUGAAUGCUUUGAAAUACCAGGACAUUUUAAAGAAUAAUCUGGUGGCUUCUGCCUGAAAGCUGAAGAAAGGUCGUCACUGGGUCUUUCAGCAAGAUAAUGACCCUAAACAUGUGGCCAAAUCUACACAGAAUCAAGCUCCUCCCAUGGCCAUCUCAGUCCCCAGACCUCAACCCCAUUGAAAAUCUGUGGAGUGAGCUGAAGAGGAGAGUGCAGAGGAGAGGACCCAGGUCGCUGGAUGAUUUAGAGAGAUUGUGCAAAGUGGAAUGGUCGAAGAUCCCUCUUUCUGUAUUCUCCCAUCUUGUGAAACAUUAUGGAAGAAGAUUAGGUGCUGUUUUGUUGGCAAAAGGAGGUCGUACAAAGUAUUAAUAUCAGGGGUGCUAUAAUUGUGGCACACAUGAUUUGAUGUAAAAUAAUUAUUUUUAAUGUGGGAUUUUUUCCCCCACUGAAUAAAUGCACUUGAAUUAAAGGUUGGAUUUUCAUCUUUUUUUCAUUGCGGUCCUGUAUUAUUUAGAACAAAACUGAAUUUAUUUGAAGCUAAAGAACACAUCUUAAACAGGGGUGCCAAUUAUUAUGGAGGGCAGUGUAUUUAGUUGUAAAGAAGUGUUAGCAAUUCAUUGUUACACAACACAUUUUAAAUUGGUUAGUGUUAUAAUGUUAUAACAGUAAAAAUUAUUUAUAAGACAUUACAAUGCAUUAAAAGGUGCAUUACAAUCCUUUAAAACUACUUUUAUAAUGCAUUUAUACAUACAAGCUUCAAGGAAAGUGUUACCCUUUUGUCUUGUUUGUAGAACAUUCUUGAUUAUUCUUUUGAUUCAAAGUACACCAGGGGCCUGUUUCAGAAAGGAAGUUUAGUGAAAACUGAGUAUAUUAACCCUGAAAUGAGGGAAUCUCUGGGUUUGCCAUUUCAGAAUGCGAGGUAUGUCAAACCCGACAAAGCGGGGUAACUCAAGCCCGUUUCUAAAAGAGAGGUAACUUAUACUCAAGAGUCAGUAGCUAUAGUAACUAACUCUGUGAAUCUAACCUGGUCGGGAGCAGGUUCUCUUUGGUAAACCCAGCGCUUAUUUCGAUCUCAUUCCCCUUUUAAACAUAUAUGUUAAAACUAAAGGGAAAUAUGGCUUCUAUAAUAAAAGGAGAAAAAGCCUAGCAGACAGAUAAUAGCGGACCGAUUGAAUGCGUUAGUACACUCUAAAAAGUCUAACUGUGAUACUCAUUUUUUUGGUGAAACAAUUUACACUCAAAAACACUGAGUACAUUUUUUAGCUGUGAAAUCAAUUAAAUAUAACUGAAGUGUGUACAAGUAAAAGAAGCAAGUACAUCUGAGUAACUUAUGUUACUAUUGUACUUUCCCAAAAGUAUGAAUACAACAUUUUCAUUAAAUAAACCUAAAUUUGCAUUUAUUAUUAAAUGUUGGAUAUGUGAUCAAUUUGUUAUUGUUCCACUCCAAACAUAAAUCACUGAAAUUCCAUUAAAAUAGUUUUGUUAAGUUAAUAUAUAUUUUUAUUUUUGUGAUAUGUACUAAAACACUGGAUUGUUUUUAGGUCCAAAGAAGCAGUGCUGUACUGAAACUAUCAGAUAAAAAAUAUCAAGGAGUUGUCAUGUAUCCAUUAGCAGUUUUACAAUUUGCCUUUAAAGUGACCACUGGACAUUUCUAAUCAUAGUCAUCUAUACUAUUCUCUUCAUUUUCAUUUAGUUUUUUCUCGAUCUAAUUAAUUUUAUGUAAUCUGAUAAGUUUAUCUAUCAAAUAGUCUAGCUAUU